AUGGCUUCAGACAAGGGCCAGGGAUCCGAUUAUCAAUACCCGGUCACCCAUUUGCCUGACCUAGUGCCACGACGCGCGCUGCGUAACAACUCCAGCGGUCUGUUUCUCGACGCAGAGGCCCUGGAGCGUUUCAAGAUCAGGGAGAUUUGCGAAGGAUGGGGAGUGUAUCGGGACGCGGCCGAGUGGACCGAAUAUCGCUCCAUGUUCUUUGACGAUGCAUUCAUCGUCACAUCCUGGAAGCAGGGCACCAUCGACGAAUUCAUCGCAGCAUCUUCCGAUGGCUUUGACAAGGGGCACAGUUUCAUGUACAUACUGCACCGCAUCAAUGGCCACUCGGUCGACAUUGAUCCCGAACUUCGUCGCGCCGGCUGCAAGAUGAAGGCCACCAUCACGGCCAGGUUCACCUUUGAUGGGAUCGAGAUGGAUCUCGACACUGACUGUCGCUUCUAUUACUUCUUGGAGAAGCGUGCCAACAGGUGGGGCGUGGUCCAUUUCACCUUGCUCUUCGACAAGGACCGCUUCCAUCCCGUGAACCCGAGCAGGGUCUACCACAUCCCGGAGGACGAGGUGGCUGGGUUCCCCCCGGGUUACAAGUACCUCGCGUGGGCGGAAACCAAGAUUGGAUGCCCGCCAAGACUGGACUUGGACAGCCACGGGCCAGAGAAGGAGGUUCUCCACCGCAAGUACGAGCAAUGGUUGGAAGGGAAGAGUAUUAGCUUGAGAGUUUAG